UCUCUGUUUCCAAGGAUUUUUCUUUUCUUUUUUUUUUUCAGCUUUCAAUCCUCUCUUUGGGUGCCCUAGCUGAGAGACAACGAAGCCCUUUGCCCACCGAGAUCCCAUUCUCGCAAGUGAUCCGGUGGUGGAAACGGCGGCCACGCGAUCAUGUCCAAGUUUUUGGAGAGAUGUAAAGGUAACAAAGAUUCGGUCGGAGCAUAUGCAGUUCAAUGUGGAGAAUGUUCCAAAUGGAGGUUUAUUCCAACAAAAGAAGAGUUUGAGAGCAUCAGACAUAAUUUUAUUGAAAACCCGUGGUACUGCAACAAGAAACCUGGUGUGACUUGUGAUGAUCCCGCUGAUUUAGAGUAUGACAACACUCGUAUCUGGGUUUUUGAUAAGCCUAACAUCCCUAAGGCACCCCCGAACACUGAGCGGAUGUUGAUAAUGAGAAGGGAUUGCUCAAAAAUGGAUGCUCAUUAUAUAAUGCCAAAUGGGAAGAAAGUGAGAAGUGGUGUGGAGGUAGAAAAGUUUCUUGAAGCAUAUCCUGAAUACAAAGGUAAAAUUUCCCCAUCCAGCUUCUCAUUUACCGUUCCAAAGGUUAUGGAUGAAAGAUCUCCUAGAAAGUUUGAAGCGAAAGCUUCUCCCAGUAGUAACAAGAGGCUGAAGAUUUCAACCAAAAAGGAGUAAUGCUUCUCUUUCGCUGAAUAACUAGUUAACGACCCAUUCCAAUGUGAAAAUUUUCAAGCAUGAAAAUCUUUUUGUAGAAUAAUGUCGAUAAUUCCAUGUUUUGUGUAUAUAUAGUUCUGACAGUGCUCGAACGGGUUGUCUGUUUUGGUUUGCUUUGAUGUUAGGGCUUCUGCGAUUACAGUUAUAAUUUUAUUGCUGUUGAUGCUUUGAUGCUUC